AUGAUGACUUUGGAUCUUGAGAGACAACUCGUCUUUUAUGGCACUUACCACCAUAAUCCGGUCAAUGUCCGGAUACACAUGAUCUUCGUUCCCGUCAUCCUCAUAACCAGUAUUCAAUUGUUCACCAACACACCAACGCUCAUCCCCCUGCCGGACUUUCUUCAAUACAAAUACCUCCCUCUCAACGCCGGCACAAUCCAAUCCCUAAUCUACGCCCUGGGCUACAUCCUCCUCGAGCCGGUCGUCGGUCUGAUAUGCGUUCCUACUCUGCUGGGUGCCGCCGCCUACAUGAAUUACCUCACAAUGACCUACGGCGCGACUGCUACAUCCUGGUCCUUCGGAAUCUUUAUCGUGUCAUGGAUUGCUCAGUUUAUUGGCCAUGGAGCCUACGAGGGACGAUCGCCGGCUUUGUUGGAUAAUCUUUUCCAGGCGCUGUUUUUGGCGCCGUUGUUUGUGUUUUUGGAGUAUUUGUUUAUGUUUGGGUAUCGGCCGGAGUUGCAGCGGAGGGUCGAGGCGGAGGUGCAGAAGAAGCUUGCGCAGUUGAACACGCCGAAGAACAAGUGA